GUUAACAAAAAAAGAAAAGAAAAGAAACAGAAACACCUACUGUACCCACCUCCGAUGUGAUGCCCCAUGUGCCACUGCCGCCGCGCGCGCAGGCAGCCACAGUCCUGUCAUCCUGUGGACUCUCCCGGACGCUCAGACUGAACACCGCCGUGUGAACACUUUCUGCUCCUAAAUUGAAUUCAUACAGCGACAUUUUAAAAAAACAUAUUAAUUUUGUUAGACGCCACGGCUGCGGGUUUAGUUGGUACCAGCCUGACGGCGGUGCGAGGAGACUUGCCGGGUCGCUUUAUAUGAAUGUGCCGGGGACUGGAGUGUGGAUAGCGGAGGACCGGGCUCUGAAAACACCGAAGGCACAUAAAGGUGGAAAGAGUGGACGGCAGUAUUUAGGGUAGCCUGUUACCCGAAAAGGCGAGAGCAGAGUUUUGGGCCAUUUCUACGAGAGCAACAUCCGCACUUUGAAGUGACGAACUUCACUGUCGCCGUCGAUGCUGGGCGCUGCUGGGCUGAAGGAGUGAGGAGAUGCUUGGUGUAACAUGGAUAUCCGAGAAGGGAUAAACAUCAGCAGACACCGCAGGGGACAUACUCAGAGAAACGGUGAAGAGGAAGAGGCCAGGAUUCUACUCACCUGUGAUUUGAUGUGAGCUUGUAUUAACCUGAGACUUUUAAAAUGGAGUUGCUAUGGAAACGUCUACUUCUGCUGUCAUUGGUGGAGUGUCUGGCAGGAAGCGGAGUCCUGCUGAGGCCUAUGUUCACCAAACAACCCGGCAGUGUGGUGUUUCCCCUUCAACCUGGCGAGAAUCGCAGAGAGGUGGUGUUUAGCUGUGAGGCCCAGGAACACCCACCGCCCUUCUACAGGUGGACGCUCAAUGACUCUUUCAUCCUGCCCAGACCAGGGUCACGUUACUCUCUCAUGGGAGGAAACUUACACAUCAGCCAUCUGAAUAAAGAGGAAGAUGUUGGCAUCUAUCAGUGCCUGGCGUCCAACUCUUUUGGCACCAUCGUCAGCAGAGAGGCCAGUCUGCACAUUGCAUACUUGGAGAACUUCAAGACCCAGAGAAGAAGUCCAGUGAGGGUCCGUGAAGGUCAAGGAGUGGUCCUACUGUGUGGCCCACCACUGCACUCCGGAGAACUUACCUUCACGUGGAUCUUCAAUGAGUACCCAUCGUUCGUCAUCCAGGACACGCGACGGUUUGUGUCCCAGAAGACAGGCAACCUCUACAUCGCCAAAGUCGACCCCUCUGAUGUGGGCAACUACACUUGUGUAGUUACCAACACGGUCACCAAAAGCAGUGUUCAAGGACCUCUAACUCCUCUGGUGCUGCGGCUCGAUGGUGUGAUGGGCGAAUAUGAGCCAAAGAUUGAAGUGCAGUUCCCUGAAGUCGUCCCUGUUGCUAAGAGCUCAACUGUCAAACUGGAAUGUUUUGCACUUGGAAACCCAGUGCCAACCAUCAGCUGGAGAAGAGUGGAUGGAGCCUCUUUUGGCAGGAAGGUGGACAUAAAUAAAGCCAGCGGCGUUUUAGAAAUCCCUUACUUCCAGCAGGAGGAUGCAGGAGUAUACGAAUGUGUGGCUGAAAACACCAGAGGAAGAAACUCGGCUAAAGGAAAGCUGUCUUUCUAUGCUGCACCUCACUUGACUGAGAAGCCUGAAGACGUUCAGAAGACCAUUGAUGAUACUCUGGUGUGGGAGUGCAAAGCCAGCGCCAAGCCCAAACCCUCAUACCGCUGGCUGAAGAACGGAGAGCCUCUGGACCCCAUGGAGCACGAUCGGGUCCAGGCGAAUAAUGGAGUGCUGACGAUCAGUAGCUUGAAUCUGGCUGACAUCGGCAUGUACCAGUGUGUGGCAGAGAACAAGCAUGGCCGAAUCUUCACCAACGCUGAGCUCCGAGUCAUAGCCAUCGCUCCAGACUUCUCCCAGAACUUGCUGAAGGCCCAAACUUUGGCCCGACAGGGUGGCGACAUUCUGAUCGAAUGCAAGCCCAGGAUGUCUCCUCGGGGUGUCAUUUCGUGGAGGAAGGGGAAGGAAGCCCUGAGAGAGAGCCACAGAGUGACUGUGUUGGAUAAUGGCAGCCUACGGAUUUCCAAUGUUACUAAGAUGGAUGCUGGACUCUAUACGUGUGUCGCCAGAAACCAGUUUGGAGUAGCGAGCAGCGCUGGCAGUCUUUUGGUUAAAGAGCCAACUGUGAUCACUAGUCCAGCAGGACAUCUGGACGUGACCGUGGGGGAGAGCAUUGUGCUGCCCUGCCAGGUGUCUCAUGACCCCACGCUGGACCUCAAGUUUACCUGGUUCUUCAACGAGCAGCUGAUCCACUUUGGAAGCCACUGGGCAUUUUUUGAAAAAGUUGGUGGGCGCUCGGCUGGUGAUAUCAUGAUCCGGAACAUUCAACUGAGGCAUGCUGGGAAAUACACAUGUGCCGUUCAGACCAAGGUGGACAGUGUGUCUAUUGCCACUGAUGUGGUAGUGAGAGGUCCCCCAGGACCCCCUGUGAACUGUCAGGUGACAGAGAUGACGGAGACCACUGCCUCCCUGUCCUGGGGACCCGGGAUGGACAACCACAGCCCCAUCUUCAGCUACACCAUCCAGGCCAGGACGCCCUUCUCUCUCGGGUGGCAAGCCGUAACCACCGUUCCUGAGCUGCUCGGGGGGAAGCAGCUGUCAUCCACUGUCAUUGAAUUGAGUCCCUGGGUGGAGUACGAGUUCAGAGUCCUGGCAGCCAACAACAUAGGAACAGGAGAGCCCAGCAAACCCUCCAAAAAGUCCCGCACCAAAGAAAUGCUUCCCAGGGUGACUCCUGGCAGCGUGAACGGCGGUGGUGGAGGACGUUCAGAGCUGGUCAUCACUUGGGAGCCUGUUCCUGAGGAGCUUCAGAGCGGUCCUGGCUUUGGCUACGUGGUGGCUUUCCGCCCACUCGGGGCUCAGGGCUGGAUGCAGGCGGCUGUCACAUCUCCUGACGCCUCGAGAUAUGUCUUCAAGAAUGAGAGCAUCCCUCCCUUCUCCCCUUACCAAGUCAAAGUCGGGGUUUACAACAAUAAGGGAGAAGGCCCUUUUAGUCCAGUCACCACCAUUUACUCAGCGGAGGAAGAGCCCAGCAGAGCUCCGGGGAGGCUGAAGGCGAAGAGUGUAUCAGCGUCCGAGGUAGAGGUCACCUGGAAGCCGCUGGCCUGGAGCAACAACCGUAGACGCAUCCUGGGCUACGAGUUGCAGUACUGGAGUGAGAGGAAGAAGCAGGACACAGCCAGUGUGAUCAGAACAGUGGGGAAUAAAACGUCAGUACUCAUCAGAGAUCUGGAGGGCAGGAGUACCUAUUACAUAUCCCUGCGGGCUUAUAACAGCGCUGGAGUGGGUCCACAGAGCAUCAUAGUCAAUGUCACAACCAAGAAACCACCACCCAGUCAGGCCCCGGUCAAAAUCAUGUGGAACACUUCCAACUCCAAGGUCAUCCUGAGGUGGGACCAAGUACACGCUCUGGAGAAUGAGUCAGAAGUCACAGGAUAUAAGGUGAUGUACAGCCAGGACAAACACAGCCAUCCAAGUGUGGUGGAGACCAACACCACCUCCUUGGAGUUGUCGCUGCCAGUCAACCAGGACUACGUUAUCCAGAUUAAACCCUUCAGCGAGGGAGGGGAAGGCAGCAGCAGCCGUCAGAUUACCAUCCCCAAGAUAGCAGGCUCCAUAGCCACAGGAGCAGCUCCAGAGUCGUCUGCGUUUCCCUUGGUCAACCUUGCAGCGUUAAUCAUCACAGCCAGGACUGUACUAUGACAAACAUCUGCAUCAACCAGGCUCCACAGCUGCUUGUUAAGAGGAGAAACAGCAGGUCAGAGACAGCAAGAGACUGACGGCUGCAUUUCCACCUUGCUCCCUUCCCUUCCCUAUCCUACUGUGUUUUUUCCUCUUUCUGCAAAAAUCUCUUUGUGAGGAAGUAGCUUUUCCACCACCUUUCUAAUGGAGUUAUUGAAAAGAAGUGGCUCAUUCAGAAAUCGCUUUUAUGGAAGUGAAAGGACACCGUGACUCGACGGCAGUCUGCUUGAAUGAUGUUUCUUUCUUUGCUCUUUUCUAACCAGUGGACAUUCUCAUAUGGUUUUAACCUUGGAGGCAGUGGUGUGUGAUGCACAAUAGUGUAUGUUUUUCUCUGUGGGGCUUUGCAGGUUCUGUUAAACGGAUAUUGUGUGUACCUCUGGACUUUUUCAUGGAUGCUGGGAUUUUAUCUUAACUGGGGAUGGAGGAGACCUUACACAGCUCAUAUUUAUGUGAGUGAAGUUGUAUUUAAGCUCGGUUUAAGACGAGAAAUGGGUGAAGUCUUUUCCCUCCACUCUUUGAACUGUCUUUUGGGAAACGUCCUGCACUGUCUAAGAAGGAAAACCAAUUGUUACAAAUCCCUGCCAAAAACAGGGAGCUAAGCCUCAUUGCUUUAUGACAAACCAGAUUUUGGGACCUUUGUAACUCUGCCUGGAUUUUAUUCAUGCUUUUACGUUACAUCGAAACCUCAGAGUUGCCAUGAAACUGACAGUAACCAAAGGUAUUGAGCCAACAAGGUUCAGUUCCACCUGUUGUAUCAUUGUGCGAUAACGCAGCGUGUACACCCCAAUAUGGCUUCCGUUGUAAACAGCAGACUUAUGUUGAUUAAUUGAUGUCUUACCUUUCUCUCACAUCCAUGAUAAGCGUGUAACAGAGGUACGCUGAGCAGUGUGAGCCGCAUUGUUGUACACUGUAUGUAUGAAAUCCUCAGGUCCCAAAUGAGCCUUAAGUCUUAUGAUUAGUAUCCAUGUUGUUAUUAUUCAAGAGAGUUUUAUUUAUUUGUCUUCCUCUGUUUAUCCGCAUUGUAUCUUGGCUCACUCGUGCUAUAAUUUAUGAAUAACUGACCUUGCUGUACGCUACGUUGAGAUUUUUCACUUUUGUUACUUUUCAGAUCAUAUUUUUGGGUGUUUUGGGUUCAGAAAAAACAUGCCUUUCUCCUAUGUCUUUCAUGAUGAGCAUUGUAAUACAGUACAAGUGGCAGUGAUUACUGACUUUUCUAACAUAGCUUAUUACAAAGUAGGGGAUGGUAUUUUACUGUCAGCUGCUUUUUGGCAUGAGAUUGGUCAGUGUACAUACCUACGUUGCUUAGGAUGUCUGAAUGGAUCAACCUGCUUUUAAUAAACAUAAUGCCAUUUU